CAAAGGCACAUGGUAUGAGGGCUACAGUAUUGACUUUGUCCCUACCUGUGGAAAGGUGGCUCGGUGGGUGGUGACUCCCAAAUCAUGGCCUCCUGGCCAUGGUGAUCUGGGUGACCUACAUUCUUUCUUUGGAGAACGGGAAGGCCAAGUUUGGUGAUACCUCUUCCUUUAAAGAAAAUGGAACAGCUGAAUAAUAUUUUCUGUCACUUUCCUACAAAUUCUUCAAACAACACAAGCCACUCAGCAUCAAAAUGCUCUUCUUCAGUGAAGAGACAGCACCUUGCCUAUUUCCUAGCUAAUCCACACUAUGGCAGCCUCAUUAAUGCAGAUGGCCAUGCUGAAGUGUGGACAGAUUGGAAUGAUAUGUCCAAGUUUUUCCAGUAUGGAUGGAGAUGUACCACUAAUGAGAAUGCCUAUUCAAACCGUACCCUGAUGGGAAACUGGAACCAGGAAAGAUAUGACCUAAGGAAUAUCGUGCAGCCCAAACCCUUGCCUUCCCAGUUUGGACACUACUUUGAAACAUCAUAUGAUAUGAGCUAUAACAACAAAAUGCCACUUUCAACUCAUAGGUUUAAGAGAGAGCCUCACUGGUUUCCAGGACAUCAACCUGAGCUGGAUCCUCCUCGAUACAAAUGCACAGAAAAGUCAACUUAUAUGACUAGCUACUCAGAGCCUCAAACUGGGCAUCACCCUGCAUGUAUAUGGAAUCGUCCUAACUGCCCAUUUCAGGGUCCAGGAUUCUAAGAAAGAAUAAGAAUCUUCAUUUUUCCAGAGUAAAUUGUAGGAGGGAGCACAUUCUAAGCACAACUAAGAAUUUAGCUGACUGUAACACAGUUUCACUGUCUGAAUAAAGAAAGCACAGAAAAUA